AUGUUGUUCUGGGUGGAAAUCGUUCUUAUUGCCGUCGGUGUCGAUUGUUUCAUCCCUGACCUGACUGGGCACACAUCAAAACAAGUCUCCUGGGAUUCAGGAUACCAUCCACCCCAGCUACCGUCUCUCCCUCGUAGCAUGAACCACCUGUCCAACUGUCUAAUAUGUCCCUAUAUAGAAGGAGCCGGCGUGCUGUGCAUUCAUUUGACUGGCGAGUGUGACGUACACGAGAACCGAUGUUUCAAGAGCUUAGCAGAGCCAAAGGUUUUCAAUGGACGUCAAUACAGCAAAAUAGACUAUGAUGGACAGGCGUGUCGAGCAAAGAGACUUGCAUUGUGCAGAGAAAAGAGAAGAAGGACUCAAACUGAAUGGAAAAGGGUGACUUUCUCGGACGAAAGGAAAGGUGGUCGUCGGCCAAGAGAAUCUUAUGGAGAAAGAGGAGAGGCAUGGCGACCGGACCUUGUUCAACCUCGAUCGGCACAGACCAAGAAGCUCCAAUCACGCAUGGACGCAAUAAAAUCAAAAUCAAAAGAUGAUUUGUACAGAGGAAUCUGUGACAUUUGGACGGAAAUCCCGCUUGCCUAUAUCCGUAGUCUCCAUACGAAUAUUCCAAAGCGUAUUUUAAACUUUAUACGACUGAAACGACACUUGACAAAGUAUCGAAGUCCAGUACUUCUGAACUACGACCCCACAAAGUUGAUCAGGAUUUCUGCAGACGCAAGUCAGAAAGGACUUGGCGCAGUACUUCUACAAAAGCACAACACCGAGUGGCUCCCUGUCGCGUAUGCAUCACGGGCAUUGACGGACACAGAAUCCCAAUACGCAUCGAUUGAGCAGAGUCGAAGUGAUUGUUCCUAUGAGAUACGACCAUUUUGGAACUAUCGAGAUGAACUUUUAGUAUUCAAGGGAUCCAGAGUUGUAAUUCCUAAGAAUCUCAGGAAAGAGAUGCUACAGGAAAUACAUGCUGGACAUUUAGGUGGUGGACAUGGUCAAGUGGCACAUACACAUUACACACCGGAAAUAAAAACGACACAGUCUGUUGUUCCAAAGAAAAAGGAUUCGCCACUCCAUCUGAGGAAUGCGGUAGCAGUGGAGUCUAUUGCUGGGAAGUUUAUGCUGGCAUCAAACUGCUCAGUGCCUGUAAAAAGGCGUAUGUUUCCUUUAGUUCUGGCUUAUAGAUUGACAGCACACAAAUCUCAGGGAAGCACCUACCAGUUCAUGGUUGCAAACUUUGCCAAGCCAAAACGAUUCCCAACACCUCAAGGCCUUGCAAAUACCAUACUCAACUUGAUGCAUGUGACAUUGAUGUCUAAUUCCGGACCAAAUUCGCACGAUGGCAUUUUGUUAAUCAAUACCAACGGUAUUGAUCACGUGGUUUGUGCAGACAGAUGGACAAACGAAAACAGUCGAGUAGUAUGUAGAACGAUUGGAACCACUCAAGGGUACGUGGCGACACAUAGGGAAGUCCAGGACUUUGGAGUACCCGUGUUGAAUGCCCAAAUCAUAUGUAGUGGACAGGAAGUUGACUUAUCCAUCUGUCCUCGAUACAGACAUACAACCUGCCUUAAUGAUCACAUCAUACACGUUACGUGUUCACCCUCAGACUUGAUGCAUGUGACAUUGAUGUCUAAUUCCGGACCAAAUUCGCACGAUGGCAUUUUGUUAAUCAAUACCAACGGUAUUGAUCACGUGGUUUGUGCAGACAGAUGGACAAACGAAAACAGUCGAGUAGUAUGUAGAACGAUUGGAACCACUCAAGGGUACGUGGCGACACAUAGGGAAGUCCAGGACUUUGGAGUACCCGUGUUGAAUGCCCAAAUCAUAUGUAGUGGACAGGAAGUUGACUUAUCCAUCUGUCCUCGAUACAGACAUACAACCUGCCUUAAUGAUCACAUCAUACACGUUACGUGUUCACCCUCAGCUUCAACUCCGACAACCACUAAAACAACUGCUCAGACAACCACUCUAUCGCCAACCACCACUUCAAGUACUACAACCACUAAGAAAUCAAUAACUACUUCAUCGACUACCACAGUUCCGUCCACCACUGAGACAACUACCACGACAACUGCCACAACAACUCCAUCCACAACAACUCCGACUUUCAGUAUGACUCCCACUUCAACACAACCAACUACAAGUACUGCUAUAAUCGAUAUAUUACUCUUCAUUCAAAUAGUUUAA